GAUGUGUUGAAAAUUAAAGAGAAUUAUGUUGACAUAAAGCAACAUAAUAAAUUGAAACAAGAGAUUUCAGACAUGAGAAAUGCAUCUAUUGUCAAUAACUUUGAAUACACUAACAUCAACACAAAACGGGGUGCCUAUUUAACGGAUUCACGCUAUGAUAGUGGCCCCAUAGGCCUACCACACAUUUCAUUAUCCCCUGAGAAUCGCGUCGAAUUAGAUUUGGGCGGUAUGAACAACAAGAUAAGUCGGGUACCUCAACAACAAAGCUCACUCACUUCACUUCGCGAGCGGAGUGGGCGCGUGGAGGCCAAUACUGCGGUUUCGGACACCCCUACUACGCGUCACGCGCCGCCCGCUUGCAGCGCCGGCGCACCUAUGGCAGGUAGCGGCCUCCGCACUGCGGUUUCGAACGCGGUGACGCGGACGUGCGCUAACGAGCCCGCUAGGAACCCGACUGACUUGGCAUCUACUGAUGUAAACAAACGAUCUUUUGUUGAUAUUGUUAAUGACGGUGAAUGGAAGAUAUCGAAGCCAGGCGAGGAAUGGACUCUUGUGCAAAAGCGAAAGCUGAGAAAUAGGUUUAUAGGGAUGAAAGGAAAGGCAAGUACAGAGUCUACGGAUAAUUUUAAAGCUGCCGACAUUAAGAUACCGUUAUUUAUUAAUAACGUUAACAAGCAAACAUCAGUGGAUGAUAUAAUAAGUUACAUUUUUAAGAGAACACAAGUAAAAGUAUCUUUAGAAGAGAUUAAAAUGAAGUAUGAAAGGGAAUAUAAUGCCUUUAAGGUUUAUGUGCCGAGAAAUAAAAUAGAUAUUUUUCUUGAUAGCAGUCUGUGGCCUGAGGGAAUAUCAUUUCGCAAAUACAUUAACUUCAGGAGCCAUACAACAGGAAAAAACCACAGUAAACGUGUUGCAUCACCAAAAUAAUGUAUAAUAAAUACUUGAAAGCUAUAUCAUUUAACUGUAAAUCAGUAACAAGAUCAGCCGAGGGCAUAAGAGCGUUAUGUCAAUCGGCGGAUAUCAUAGCGUUGCAGGAGACAUGGCUAUUACCGCAUGAUAUAGCCUACAUAGCGGGAAUCCAUCCAGAAUUCGACUGUUACAGUAAGUCUGCGGUUAACACCGGUGACGGGCUGCUAAGAGGUAGGCCGUAUGGUGGUGUGGCAAUUAUGUGGCGUAAAUCUUUGUUUACUUCGGUGUCCAUUGUGCAGUGUAAUUCUGUGCGCUUAGCUGCGAUUAAAACUGUUGUGAAUGACAGAACUACGUUGUUCAUCAGCGUCUACAUGCCCUGCGACACAUGGGACAAUUUAAUCGAAUUCACAAGUUGUCUCAGUGAAAUAAACGCUUUAAUAGAGUGUAAUAACAUAGAUUCCGUGUUUAUAUUAGGAGAUUUUAAUGCGCAUCCUAGUGAGUUGUUUUUUAAUGAAAUGUAUAAUUUUUGCUGUGAUCAAUUAUGGGAUAUAGUGGAUUAUGACUACUUACGAAAUUGUGAUACGUUUACCUAUGUAAGUGAUAUAAAUAGCUCUCAUCGCUGGCUGGAUCACUGCAUUACUACUAAGUCAGCCACUAACUCUGAUGUAAAUAUUAAAGUACUUUAUGAUAUUUUCUGGUCUGACCAUUUUCCACUUGAGAUAACGAUUGAUAUGGGAAAACUGAGUUAUUGUAAAAAACAAGAAAGUGAUUUUAAAUCUGAUAAAGCUGUGUGGGGUGAGAGAAAUCAAAGUCAAAUAAAUAAAUAUUUUGAACUUUGUUCUGAAAAGCUUAGAACUAUAGAUUUUCCUGAAGAGUUCAGGUCUUGUGCUAAUCGUCAUUGCUCUAGUUUAGAUCAUAAGUUAAUAAUUGAUAAAAUGUAUGAUAAUAUUGUAUGUACUUUGAGAGGGGCAGCAAUAGCGACCUAUGAGCAAAAGAAACUGAGAAAUAAAAAUGUUGUAGGUUGGAAUAAGUACGUAAAAUCAUUUCACAGUGACGCUCGGAGGUGUUUUCAGAUGUGGGUAUUACAUGGCAAACCUAAAAUUGGAUAUUAUUAUGAUAACAUGAAAGAAAGUAGAAAACUAUUUAAGUCAAAAAUAAAAUGGUGUCAGGAUAACGAACAAAAACUAAAAAUGCAAAUAUUGGCUACACAUAUUAAAACNUGUUUUCGCCAGAUGCUGAUGGGGCUGCCUCGGUACUGUAGCGCGUCAGCUAUGUUCACUGAGGCUCGCAUAGACAGUUUCCCAGUCGUCAUGCGCAAGCGGGUUGCCUCCGCGUGGAGCCGCGUCCGAGACAGCUCCAACAGCCUCCUGGCGGCGAUAGGGACAGUAGCGGCGUAA